GCUGUGUCGUGUGCAAGCCGACCUCAGUCACCAGAUCAGACACAACAAGGCCACCAACAACCACUCUGUAGCCCGUAGAUCUACAGUAGUCAGUACAGACUCCUAUCCUUUCGAGACUGACGUUAGAAAACAUGGCUGGAAUAGGCGAAGCAUUUGAUGGCGGCCAAGGACAAGGCUCCGAUCACGUCCUCUCUCCCAGCGGUAACAAUGGAUCGAACAUGCCCGUAGGAGCGGGUACCCAUACUCCAGGGAGCCGUAAGAGGGAGAGAACGGAUCAAGCUUCACACAAGAUCAUCGAGAAGAAACGACGCGAUCGCAUUAACAACUGCCUUGCUGAGCUUUCUAAACUCAUUCCACAAGCAUAUCUCAAACAGGGUUCCACCAAGUUGGAGAAAGCCGAAAUCCUGGAGAUGACAGUGCGUCACUUGCAUGAUUUGAGUGGAGGUGAAGAUGAUGAGACGUCACUCGCAGCGAAAUCCGGUUACGGUUCUGGAUAUUCUGAUUGUGUAGCGGAUGUGCAGCGAUUUCUGCAGGACGAGGGAAGUACUCUCGUCAAAGAUGGCUCGGCUGAGAAGUUACUGUCGUGUCUUGCUGAUAAGAAUAAACAGCAUGGCAUCUCAACAACUCCUCGUCCAUCUCAAGCUAUCACUUCGCCAGUAGCAACCACUUCUGCUGUCACACUAUCACCAACUUCGCAAGCAGCGCAAACUCGAGUACUGUCUUUCAAAACAAAUGGCAGUGCCAAUUCCGAGUUGAAUCUGCCGACGAACCCAUCAGGUGCUGAUGGCAUGACGACCCUGCUGGUAGCGUCUGGGCAGCAACAGCAUCAGAUUCAGAGGUCUGCUGUGACAAGCCCGAAUGCAGCGCUACAGGCACAGUCCAUCCCUGGGCUCUUAUCUCUUUUGCAACCAAAUCAGUCGCAGCAACAGCAGACACAGACGCAGCAGCAACAACAGCAACAGACACAGCAGCAGCCAACUCAACAACAGAUGCAACAGAGACUUAUACUUGCAGCUCAGACUCAGAUGCAGCAUUUGCAACAGCAGCAGCAGCAGCAGCAGCAGCAACAACAUCAGCAGCAACAACAGCAUCAGCAGGCUCAGUUUCUACAGAUGACUGCAAACCAGCCUGUGGCUGUGAAGCAAGAGAAUCAACAACACCCGACCCAGGUUCUCUUGCCCGCUGUGCAACCUGAUGUACAGGCAUCCUCAGUGCUAGCCAAUUCACAAAGUCUGCCCAGUAACAGCCAACAGCAGUCUUCUGAGGCAUCAGUAUCACGUAGUGUGGAUAUUACUGGUGUUGUCAGCACGAACAGCGGUGGCACUAACAACAGUGGCGCCUACUCAGUGCUAAGCCACGUGAACGGCGGACUGAUGCCUGCUCCGGCUGGCUCUUUGCCAGUACAGUAUACUCUGAUGCCUAUUAAUAGUAUUAAUAUUGGCGGCAAGCAGGGUGACAACUCCAGUCUGUCCACUACGGUGCAGCUGGCAGCGGCAGGUGGCGCUAACGUCACGUUCCCAAUGGCACUGACACCGCCUAAUGUAAGUAUUCCCAGCAGCGAUGUUCCGGCGUCAAUAUCAGGUCUAGUACUUCCCAUACAGCAACAGCGGCAACAGCAGCAGCAGAAGCAAUAGUAGCAACAGUAGCAUUAGAAACAACGGUAAUACGAUGUGAUCCAGAAUUGAUCAACCUCUGGAGAAAGUGUGUACAAUGUACAAUGUACAAUGGAUAAUACUGCUUUAGUGGUGGUGAGAAUAUUGAGCGUGUGAACAUAUCCCAAUACUGCGUGUACCGGCGGGUACUGGCAGGCCAUCUUACAACUUAUCCUAAUGAGCAAGCAACAACAAAAGGACCAAAAAUACCAGGUGCAGCAGCUGCUGCAUGGUAGGUGCGUGUACGUACAGCUGCGUUUCCCAGCGUUAUCCCUUACUCGAAUGAUCAGAAGACAAUUGAAUGUGUUCACUCGGCUGACUGCUCGCGAUCUCGAUCUUCAACGGCCCUAGUCAUCUGUGCAUCAUCCUGUAAGGAGGCAGCAGGGGGGGGUUUACACAAGAAACCCUUAGCCCAGCCUUAGCCCAGCCUUCAGCUGUCCUAUGCUAGUACAAGUGAUUACUAGUUCAGUACUCUACCCCAGUCGACGAUGUAAGGCACUCAACGAGGCUGCCGUUCCUGUCAUCUAUAUCUCCAUGACGACCGAGUGUUAGCUAGCCAAGAACAUCCAUCAGCAUGGCAAGACUCUCAGGGAAAUGGGCAAUGAACAAUGGGCGUGCUGGUCGGGUAUAUGAUCGUCUUGUCCACAUAAGUGGGUAUGCCCAACGUAUGUAUAUAUAAUUGGUGGAACCAUUCUUUGUGAUCGUCUUGUCCUGUAUAUUCCCCAAAGAAGAGAACUAGUGUCUGUGCUCAGGGGCCCGUUGGCCAGUUUACCAUGAUUUCCGUCCCGCUCGCGAUGCCGCAGUCCUGUCAUACCGGUGUAGAUAUUUGGUUGACAGUCAAGCUGCUACCCAGUAUUGCUAGCAUGUACUCGCUCGCACCUUUCAGCACUCACUGUACUAAAUAUGGCAGCAUGCUGGCCACUGCCUACAUCAUAGCUGUGUGCAUUGCACGUGUGUUCACUUAAGUCUUUGCCCCUACCCGGGAAUACGCACAUACCCAUAACUAUAAGGGUUUCUGUGGUCUUGUGCCUAUGCUGUCCGCAUGUAGUUUUUUUUAAGCAUCCUGCUGGUCAGGUGGUUUUGUUUUGUUUGCCCCUUCAUGUCUUGUUUUUGCUGCAAAGCACAUCAGCUAGGUGAGAGUCACCUCCUCAAAUCAUCCACGUACCCACUGAACAGUUCCUUAUAACAACCCUCCACUCUCUCUCUAAACCUGAACAUGUUUCUCCCUCAACAUGUGCACUCACUUGUACAUACACCAGCAAACACGUAUAAAUCACUAAUCUACAGAACACCUACCUUUUAGCUAGGCCACAGUCUUGUCGCGUAUACCGGAUCUUCUACAAGUCCUAGUCCUAGUGUCUAUAGCGAAUGUUUUUGCCUUUAAGAGACCAGCUGUGUUUUCUUCUGUUGCAUCGCAAAGUUGCCAUUUCUUCCUGCUGAGUGAA